AUGAAAUUCUCCACUAGUUUGUCUGUCGCUUUAUUUGCCUUGGCUAAGACGGCCAUCGCCGAUUCUGAAGAAUUCGGCCUGGUGAGUAUCCGUUCUGGUUCAGACCUACAAUAUUUGAGCGUCUACAGCGACGACGGAACUCUGAAACUGGGCAGCGGCAGCAGCAGCAGCAGCAGCAGCAGCUCAUUUGGUGCCACUAUCACCGAUGACGGUAAGUUGAAGUUUGACGACGGUAAGUACGCUGUCGUCGACAACGACGGUUCCCUCAAAGAGGGUUCUGAGAGCGAUGCUGCCACUGGGUUUUCUAUCAAAGACGGCCACCUCAACUACAAGAGUUCUGAUGGGUUCUACGCCAUCAAGAAAGAUUCCUCUUACAUCUUCUCUUCCAAACAAUCUGACGAUGCCACCGGAAUUGCCAUAAGACCUACCAGCAAGACUGGGUCCGUUGUUCCCGAUUUUGCCCCCAGUGAUUCUCCUUCUGGAUCAUCGGCUGCACAGUCUGCCUCCAGCACAGAGUCCAGUAGGACUUCUCACACGACACUAGUCUCUUCUGCUAGUUCGGCUGUUGCUUCUGUUAUCUCCCAAAUCACUGAUGGGCAGGUCCAAGCUCCAAACACUGUCUAUGAACAAACCGAAAACGGCGCCGUCAAGGCUGCUGCUGGGAUGGGCGCUGGUGCUUUAGCUGCGGCAGCCGCUUUAUUGUUAUGA